UGAGCGGGGACCCUCAGCUCCGCCUCCCGCUUUCGGGGUCCCCCUCCGGUUUUUGGGGCGCGGCUUCUAGCCCCGGAACCCAGCUGCUGGCGCACGCUGGGCAGACCCGCGAGCUGCACGUCCCUGUCGGUCCCCGGGUGUGUGACACUCCCCCACCCGCGCGCCCGCACCCUGCCUCCCGCACCCUGCCUCCCGCACCCCUCCCUCCGCUGCGCCCGUCCCCCGCACCCCUCCCGCAGGCGCGCGUGGCCGAGCGGGCAGCACUCGGCGGCGACCGGCUCCGGGCUCGCAGCGCCCAUGGCAUCUCCCGGCUCCGGCUUCUGGUCCUUCGGCUCUGAGGAUGGCUCGGGGGACCCUGAGAACCCCGGCACAGCCCGAGCCUGGUGUCAGGUGGCCCAGAAGUUCACUGGCGGCAUUGGGAACAAGCUGUGCGCCCUGCUCUAUGGAGACGCCGAGAAAACUGGUGGGAGCAGCGGGAGCGAGUCCCCCGGGGUCGCCCCCCGCAAGGCCGCCUGCUCCUGCGACCAGAAGCCCUGCAGCUGCCCCGGAGCCGAGGUCAACUAUGCGCUCCUGCACUCAACAGAUCUGCUCCCAGCGGGUGAUGGAGAAAGGGCCACGCUGGCGUUUCUGCAAGAUGUGAUGGAGAUUUUGCUUCAGUAUGUGGUGAAAAGUUUCGACAGAUCGACCAAAGUGAUUGAUUUUCAUUAUCCUAAUGAGCUUCUUCAAGAGUAUAAUUGGGAAUUGGCAGACCAGCCCCAAAAUUUGGAAGAGAUUUUGAUGCAUUGCCAAACGACUCUAAAAUAUGCCAUUAAAACAGGGCAUCCUAGAUAUUUCAAUCAACUUUCCACUGGACUGGAUAUGGUUGGGUUGGCAGCAGACUGGCUGACAUCAACAGCAAACACUAACAUGUUCACCUAUGAGAUCGCUCCAGUGUUUGUGCUUUUGGAAUAUGUCACACUAAAGAAGAUGAGAGAAAUCAUUGGCUGGCCUGGGGGCUCUGGCGAUGGAAUAUUUUCUCCGGGUGGCGCCAUAUCUAACAUGUACGCCAUGCUGAUAGCACGCUUUAAGAUGUUCCCGGAAGUCAAGGAGAAAGGAAUGGCUGCCAUCCCCAGGCUCAUUGCCUUCACAUCUGAGCAUAGUCACUUUUCUCUCAAGAAGGGAGCUGCAGCCUUGGGGAUCGGGACUGACAGUGUGAUUCUCAUUAAAUGUGAUGAGAGGGGAAGAAUGAUCCCAUCUGAUCUUGAAAGAAGGAUCAUGGAAGCCAAACAAAAGGGAUAUGUUCCUUUCCUUGUGAGUGCCACGGCUGGGACCACUGUGUAUGGAGCGUUUGACCCCCUCUUAGCUGUUGCUGACCUCUGCAAAAAGUACAAGAUCUGGAUGCAUGUAGAUGCUGCCUGGGGUGGAGGAUUGCUGAUGUCCCAGAAGCACAAGUGGAAGUUGAACGGCGUGGAGAGGGCCAACUCUGUGACAUGGAAUCCACACAAGAUGAUGGGCGUCCCCUUGCAGUGUUCUGCUCUCCUGGUUAGAGAAGAGGGGCUGAUGCAGAGCUGCAACCAGAUGCACGCCUCCUACCUCUUCCAGCAAGAUAAGCACUACGACCUGUCCUACGACACCGGAGACAAGGCCCUGCAGUGCGGCCGCCAUGUGGACGUAUUCAAGUUGUGGCUGAUGUGGAGGGCAAAGGGGACUAUUGGGUUCGAAGCACAUAUUGACAAGUGUCUGGAGCUGGCAGAGUAUUUGUACAAUAUUAUCAAAAACCGAGAAGGCUAUGAAAUGGUGUUUGAUGGGAAGCCUCAGCACACAAACGUCUGUUUCUGGUAUGUUCCACCCAGUUUGCGUAACCUGGAAGACAAUGAGGAAAGAAUGAGCCGUCUCUCCAAGGUGGCUCCGGUGAUUAAGGCCAGGAUGAUGGAAUUUGGGACCACGAUGGUCAGCUACCAGCCCCUGGGAGACAAGGUCAACUUCUUCCGUAUGGUCAUCUCAAAUCCCGCAGCUACUCACCAAGAUAUUGACUUCCUGAUUGAAGAAAUAGAACGUCUUGGACAAGAUUUAUAAUAACCCGGAUCACUAAGCUGUUUCAAUUCUCUAGGUAGACAAUUAAGUUGUCACAAACUGUGUGAAUGUAUUUGUAGUUUGUUCCAAAGUCAAUCUAUUUCUAUCUUGUGUGGUGUCCAAGUAGAGUACAGUUUCAAUAUCAAGAAAACAUUGCUCCUUUUAAAAAUCCUUCCUGAAGUUGAGAAUACCUCUCUAGUAAUUAGUGACAAAAGGCUGUGUUCCAAUCAAUAAGGAAAAGCUUACAAUUAUUAUAAAUACUUCCAUUAAUUUUAACAGAGUGUUGCAAAUCAAGUUUUAUUUUCAUUUCAGAGUAGUAGUAUUGAAUAGUGCCAAACUGCCCCUGAAUCAUAAAAGGUUCUCUGGGGGUGCCAAGAAAAAGAGUAAAGUAAAUAUAAAAUGUAUGUUGAUAAUAAAAAAAAAACUCUUGCCUUUUUCAUAGUAUUAGAAAAACAAUUUCUAAUUUAACUAUAGCAACAUUUCAAAUGUAUUUAAAUACAUAUAAUUUUACAAAAGGAAAAUAUAUAUAUAUAUUAAAAAGAAAUCCUAUUUUGUAACAUAUAGAUUUUUAUUUUAUAUGGGUUAUACAAACUGCAGGGGCAGAUAUAAACACAAAGUCAGCUUUUAUUUUUCCUCUCUUUAUUUUACUGAAGGCACAAUAAAACACUCAGCAGAGUUAUUUUAAAACUGUAGGCCCACAAAAUUCUAAGAAGAUGGAUGCCUUCCUUUUAUUCAUGUGAUAGCUUUUGGCAUCUAUAAAGUUAAUAUUGCAAACCAAACACAAAGAAAGAUACUGCAAGCUCUUUAAAAUGAUUGGAUAGACUGACUAUAAGAUAUUCUCCCUAUUUAAGUUUUCCAGCCCUGUGGACCCUUAUCGGACUCAUCCAGUAAACCUGUUAAACAAAGCUUCUACUUAGACUAACUUAGGGUCUCUAGUCUGCUUUCCAGUUCAGCUUGUUUCCAACAAAAGGCCAAUGCUAUUUAUUGAGGCAUCUCCCCAAAUAAUAUUCUCUUAUUAGGUCAUUUGAAUUAAUUAGGUAAAAUAGAAAUGAAAUCUGCUCAGCCUGAGCCAAGAGGAAAUCAGCAUACUCUAGGAUGUGGCAAGCCCAGGAAAAUUAAACUUGACUUUGAGGGAAGAGAUCUCUGUGUGAGAAUGGACAUCAUCCUGGGUGCCAUAUUGCCGCUGACCAGGGAGGAGUCAUUUACCCGCUGGGUGAAUUCCAUCUGAAUGUUUACCCACAGUCAUCUCUCCUGCCAGGCAUCCUAUCACUGAGUCCCAAAUAAUUACUUUCUAGUCCCUGAGUGGUUAUUUCCCCUCUCAUGAAAUAAACUCCUUGUUUUUUUAGAGACAACAUCUUAAAAUCGUUUAUCUCCCACCAAGAUUCAGGCUGUCUGGAGGAUAUAGAUGAUAAGAUCCUUACAAUUAAAAAAAAAAUCAGAUUAUCUUUCUUCCCUUGAUGCCCUGAUGUAAAGACAGGAACUAACAAGAAUUUCUAUAGUUAUUUAUGGAGUCACUGAUUGUCAGACUCCAAAUUCUAGCAGGAAGACUAGGAACUCCCAUGUAUAAACUGAAGAUCCAAAUUUAGAAAUGUGUGUCUUUUCUGUAUGGCCCAGACUAAUCAACAGAAAGACUAUUGGUCUACCAGGGGAGAAAGAGGGUCUUGUCCAUCAAUAGAGAGGAGAUUCCUGCUUGGUGAAAAUAGGAUCCAAACAUCUGAACUUUUCAUGAACUUUUCAUGCCCUUACAUUCUCCCAGAUGAUUUAUGAAAACACUGAUGCUUUAAAUGAACGUGGCUUGGGGAUCUUGCUGUCCAGAAAGCAAAUAGAUUCCCUUUCAUAAGUAUGGAAAAGUCCUUUCUGUACUCCAGAAUUUCAUGAAGAAAAAAGUCACCCAUGCUUACUUAUAUAUAACCCCCUCUUUAUUGAAAUUGGCAAUAAGCACAUCGAUACCCACCUGUCUUGAGCCUCAGGUCCAAAAGACCCUGCCUGCUUCAUAAUCAGAGGCACUUACCAAAUUAUCAAAGCCCCUGUCCUGCUUGGAGAAGUGAGUGGAGUUCUUGCCCUGAUCUGGACAUGCAUCUCUAUAUAAUUCAAGAUGCUUCUACUUGCGGGGGGCAGAUCCCUCCAUCAGAAGCUGCUGUUUUUUUAACUUGCUGGAACUUGAAAGAGUAUCUGUGCCUGUGUAGGAAAGUCUAGCCAAAUAACAUUUGUCAGAGUGUUUAUCAGUAUUUUUCCCACCCCCUGUUCCCUGCAGAUCCUUCUCCUAUUUUGCUGGGAACCUUGCUAAAUCUUACACAGUGAAACCUCCAUCAACUGUAUAGCCCUAGGGAAGGAAGUAAAGAAAAGCCUUGCAGCCCCAAUAGUUUAAUAAAUAUCCUCCAAGGUGUAGGUCUGUAACCCACUCAAGAUGGAGGGAAGAAGGGCAAAAGGGGAGAGAGAGACAGAGACAGAGAGACAGAGAAAACAGGAGGCGUAAAAUGGCUUUGACUAUUAGCCCAAAUUCCCAGUACCAAAGAGUAGGAACCACUCUUUAUAAAUUUUAGGAAUGUUUGGUUUUAGCUUUAAUGAGAAUCAAAGUGGCCACUUUCAUUUAUACAGCAAUAUUGUGUUGGGUUAAUAUUAUUAUUAUUAUUUCAAAUACUUGAACAAAAAGCGUAGUAUGUCUUUGACCUGAGAUGUUUGAACAGUAUUGGCUUCAUGUACUGUCACGAGGAGGGAGGGAAAGGAACUCAGUCGUGUGUGUAACUGUGCUGCCUUCAUGCUAUUGAUCGUACUGACUUGUCGCCUCAGAUUGGGGUUGUGCACUUUAGACCUGAACUGUACAGUGUGCAAAUCAACCUGUGUUGCCGUAAAAGCUUGCACAAUAUACUAUUGAUGUGUCCUUUUGUGUGUGUGGUAGCUGUACCGAUACUAUGAGAACUGCAUUUGCCUCUGUCCUUGUGUGCUUUCUCCCUACCCCACUCUCUGCUAACCCCAUCCCCUAGCAGCUCUGAAGAGGCCCUCUGCUAAGCUCCCCGCUGAGAAAUCGCCUUUGAGAACUGUGUGAUUUCACAAAACACAAGGUGAACGCUGUUUUUUUGCUAUUUCAGCUCUGAAGGGCCACAGAUUGCCCAGACUGCAGACCUUGAACCUGCUGGGGUUCAGGAGAGGGUUCACCUCACAAGGUUGUCCCUACAGUGUGGGGGAGGAGCCCAGGCACCAGGAAAGGGCGUCAUCUUGCACGUGCUCUUCUGUUGCCCAACGCUAAAUACAGUCACUGUGUAUUUCUUAGUCAUCUGUGCCAAAACACCGUUCCCAACUGGUGUCUCUGAAAGACAUCGACAUUUCCCCCACAUGGCUCCAUCACUAAAGAUCAAGAGAAAAAAAAAAAAAAGUAAACAUGGCAACUUGUUCUUCUUACCAAAUAUAAACUUGUGUAUGAUCAAGUAUUUGAUCUGUGUUGUCGCUCUCAGUGCAAAUAAAUGUGUAAACGUGGACACA